AUGAAUACGAGUGGCGUCCCCAACGCCCCGAAUCCGGGGACUUCACGUACUUUCCAGUUUGAUCUCAACGAUGUUUGUUGUUUGAAAUCAAAUCCAUCUUUAACGGGUAUUGUUCUAAGGACAUAUCUCGAUGUGUAUCCGUUGGGACCACCGGAAGAUGAUUUAAUGGUCUCAUAUACAUCAGUGCCACAAGACGUCCUGACUGAGUACUUACAAACCGGUGUGCCACGCAAAGGAUAUGUCAUUGUUCAGUUCAAAUGGGUUUCGCAAGGGUGUUCUCUCAUCCACGAGGAUGAUCUUGAACUUCUCGAUCGGUGCAUCAACUUCGGUAGCUAUGUCAAGAGACCGGACGACACAAUGUGUGGCACGGUCAUCGGUGCAUCCGCUACGUGCACACUCGAGCCGAUUGCGUAUCGUAACUAUGACGAGUCGUUGGGCGAAUAUGGCUCCGUCGAGUUCAACGAACGGCUCAUGCCUCACAGCCGCAGAAGACCCGGGACCGAUUCUUCGCGUCCUUUGCCAAUACAUGAUGUGCCUUUGUCUGAGAUCAUGCAUCAUGAGCCGUUUAUCAACGAUGACUUGAUCAUUUACCAUCAGAAACUGGGAAUCAUUCGGCAGGUCGACCGGGAUGCUAUUUUGCGUGUUUCCAACGUGCCGGUCUCGCUUGUUGAUCCCAAGGACCUUGAAGUUCCCUGUCAUUUCGAUGACAAUGAGCUCAUAUGGAUGCCCAAGGGCCAGCCAUGUAGAGUUGUGGACACUAACUUGCGAUACAUGGAGCAUGACUCCGUGAUUCCAGGUCAGUAUGUGUGUACGAAAUACAAGAAUAUGCGCGGAAUAAACGGGGGUACAGUUCCGAAGGAAGAUCCCCGUUCCUUUGCCCACGGCCACGUCCUGUCCACGCCAGCUACGGAGUAUAAGGUGGAAUGGCUUUGUACGAAUGUUUUUGGUCUCGGAACAUGUGAGAUCCCGAAUGGAAUAGAGACUCUCCGAGCAUCUGUCUUUGAACGCGAUGCUGUGAUAUGCGACUUCGAGAAUCUCUCGGCUGGAGGAACAGUGAAAUCGGCGACCUCGCUUCAGAUCGGUGAUAUGAUACGUUUUCGAGAUCCAAAAAGCGCCUUUCAAAAAUACUCUUACCAACAUAUUCCUCCUGAAGAGACUUUUGGUUAUGACAUGAACAUGUUUCAUAUUACCUCAAGAAAGACAGCACUGACUGUCAGAUGGUUGGACGGGAAUGUCACCACCGAAGAUAUAAAAUGCCUUCGUUGGGACCCGGGGCUUGAUGAAAAUAUAUGGCCCGGGAGCAUCGUCGUCCUGAAGGAUGGGAUUGAGACCAUGCAUUGGCCCGGCUUGGAAUCCACAUCGGCAUAUAUCCGGCAACUGCCUAGUCAUAGGAAACACAGGGAAUCAAAAAUCCGAGCAAGAACAGUAGGUGUGGUCCAAGCUGUUAACAUUCGAGAGCGAAUAGUUACUGUCCGGUGGUAUAAGGAUCCUUAUCUUAUACUCUUGCAUGGCGGGCAGAUCCUAGCUUCUCUCUACUCUAAGCUGGGCGAGCUGGGUGAUACAAUCAGCCAAGUAUCUCUGUAUGAGCUCGACGUGUUUCCUUGUCUGGAAAGAUCACAUGGUGAUAUAGUACUUCUCGCCCCAGACACCAUCCAUACCUCGGUCUUGACGGAAGGGUCACUGAGUGCAUACAACAUCGCUGGUCCUUGCACAUUUAGUUAUACAUCGUCAUUGUCACUUUCGCAGAUGCACUCAUACCUCAAGGACAUGAGUCUCGCCAUGUUUCAUUGGGAAUGGUUCAAAAGCAUGACUACAGUUGACACUUCUCCUCUUCCUCCGAGACAUAGUCACCACUAUCAACGUAAGCUCAGUGAAAGAUCCACUGCAGACUUCGUCGGCCAGAUCAUUGCAAUUGAUGUUAAUGGUGAGAUUACUGUUCGGCUAGCUGGUACUUGUCGCGACGUCCGCGUUCCGUUCGAAAGGAUCAUGAUGGUCAUGGAUGGAGGCUUCACCACUCCACUUGGGGUUCCAGCUCCAGGUGAUCUAUCGACCAUGUCAAUGAACUCAGCUUAUACAUAUAAAGAAGAGGGUCCAGGAGUUGGUGAUGAGGAGGGGCUUUUACAUUUUGAUGAUGAAGAAGGGCUCUCGAGUGAUGAUGAUGAGGAUAUGUCGGAGACGACGCUCCGAGAAGCCCUCCGCCGAUAUGUCAAUGAUGAGGAUGGUAUUCUACUUGAAGAAGAAGAAUGGGUUUCAGGUAAUGACGAGGAGGAAGAGGAGGAAGCCAUCUCAGGUAGUGAUGUUGAAGAUAUGUCGGAGAUCAAAUGCGCUGUAUAUCGAUAUGUCAAUUCUAGUUCUGCAGAUGACGGCUAUUCCGAAGAUGCAGACAUGAAGACAGAGAAUGACUCCGACUUUGACAUGAGAGAUGCUUCGGAUGGAGUAGUUGACCAGAGUGAGGAAAUGACAUCACCUCCAGGGUUCCUCAUAUUGGAAGGCCCCCCUCCCUCCGAUCAUCAUUUUAUCUCGAAGGAUGGUGCAGGGGGCUCGGCCUUACGAGUCAAGCGUAUCCAAAAGGAGUGCGACAUACUCGAUGAAUCACUCCCUCCAGGGAUCUUUGUGCGAGCAUGGGAGUCGAGGAUGGACCUGCUCAGGGUUUUGUUCAUUGGGCCGGAGGGGACCCCUUACCAAUAUGCGCCGAUCCUGAUAGACUUCCAUUUUCCGGGGGACUUUCCUAGAAAACCACCUGAGGCAUUCUUUCACUCGUGGAUCGGCGGCCAAGGAAGGAUCAAUCCGAACCUCUACGAAGAUGGUAAGAUCUGUCUGAGCAUUCUAGGAACAUGGCCCACUCAGAACCAGGAGGAAAUGUGGUCAGCAACCAAGUCCACUGUUCUACAGAUUCUGGUCUCAAUUAUGGGCUUGGUUCUUGUGCAAAGCCCCUUCUACAAUGAGGCCGGGUAUGAAGUUUUUGCUGCGGAGGGCGGUAGACGAGUCGAGUCAGACAAGUAUACGGAAAAGACAUUCUUGACUACACGCAGAUAUAUCAAGUAUGCCCUAGAUCAUCAAGUAAGUGGCAUGGAAGACAUUGUGGAUUGGAACUAUUUGCCUAGUCGCUUGAAUUCAGAAGACUGCAGCAGGCCACUCCUGCUCCGUCGCGCUAUCGAUACGGCAUUGGCGAUGAUAGAGCAUGAGGGGCAUACCAGCAGUGGAGAGGAGCGCAGUGCCUCGGCGUUUGUCUCGCGUCUUAGCCUGGGGGCUGUGGUCAUGCUGCGAAAGUAUAUCACGGAGCUUGAGGCUUUGGAAGUAGCUGCGACUGCCUAA